AUGGGCACCGCGGCCCCUGUCCCUCUCUCCCGCAGCCCCAGAUCCCCCGGACUUGGCGACCGCCCAGCUCCUCCCCUGCCCAGCCGGGGAGCUCGGCCCGGCCCCUCCCCUCCCCUCCGUAAAGCAGGCACCGCCCGGGAAUCCGGGAGAGAGCUGCUGAUUGGUGAGCCGCUAGCAUGGCCUGGCCGCAGCUCCGGAGCCGACGCCCCCUUCCCUCUAGAAACGGGGGCCCCGGGGCUCGCUCCUCUGCUGCUGCCGCUGCUCCUGGCGCUGCGCGUCGGGCUGGGCAACUGCCAGUGCCAGGCCCCAGCGCUGUGCCGUCCCAUCACCCAUCGCCCAUCUUGGCAGGUCUUUGUGUUUGAUGUUGGACAUAAAACUUGGAAAUAUUAUAACUGGUCACAGAUUACAACUGUGGUACUUAUUUCAAAUUAUGACUCAGAACUUAAGUGCUAUGCUCAUUCAAAAGGAGCCAGAGUAGUGCUAAAAGGAGAUGUAUCCAUAAGGGAUCUCAUUAAUGCUACUUUCAGAGCAUCCUGGAUAGCUCGACAAGUUAAGCUGGCCAAAACACAAUAUAUGGAUGGAAUUAAUCUAGAAGAAGUUGCUCGUUCAUCACCUGAAUAUUAUGCGUUAACUGCUUUAGUCAAAGAAACUGCAGACUCUUUCCAUCAUGAAAUUGAGGGAUCACAGGUAAAAAUUCAUUUGUUGUUUUUUGGAAACCCCUUAUUUUUCCUAUCAAAAUGUAUUUACAAAGGAUAUGAUGACUACAUCAAGAUAGGCAUUAACCCUAAGAAACUUGUAAUGGGUAUUCCCUGGUAUGGUUAUGAUUAUACCUGCCAAAAUCUAUCAGCGAAUCAUGUUUGUACCACUGCAAAAUACCCUUGUAAAGAUGCUGUAUACCGUCAGGUGGCCUAUCAAAUGAUCAUGAAGCAAGUAAAUAGUUCUACUUCUGGAAGACCGUGGGAUAAAAAUCAGCAGUCUCAUUAUCACUAUCAAGAUCAGGCUGGCCAUUUUCAUCAAGUGUGGUAUGAUGACCCUCAGAGCAUUUCUCUAAAGGCAGCAUAUGUACAAAACCGUGGCUUACUCGGCAUUGGCAUGUGGCAUGCAAACUGUCUUGUCUACUCUGGAGAUGCUAUAGCCAAACAGCAAACUGAAGAAAUGUGGAAAGCCUUAAAACCAAAGCUGUGA